AUGGCCAACGCAGCCGCUAUCCUCCUCCUCCUCCUCAUCGCCAGCGCCGCGGCCCACACGACGACGACGAUGUACAAGGACGAGAAGUGCAAGAGGGAGAUCAAGGAGAUGCCGCAGUGGCAGUGCGUGAUGUGGAUCGCCAGCGAGCCCUUCGGAGACGCCAUUGCAGCCCCCAACCGCCGCUACCAGCCCGAGGAGCACCUCUUCAGCUGCUGCCAGCACCUCAAUAGUCUCAGCUCCCAAUGCCGCUGCGACGCCGUCUGGGAGAUGAUGAUGGAGAUCACCGGCUACGGCGACAUCGCCUGCGCCCUUGCCGAGCAGUGCGGCCUCAAAUGCUCACUAACCUGCCCCGGCAGCGGCCACCGUGGCCCCGCCCUCGCUUGA